UUUGUUCAGGAGAUCUGGAUCAUCUCCCCAAAAUCUGACAUCCAUAGAGCAGACCUGGAGAUUAUACCUGUGCUAGCCAAAAGCCAUACUCAACUCCAUGGAGAAAGAAACGGUCACAACUCUGCUCAGUGGCACCGGCGGUCAAGUCCCACGGUUGUGCCGAGCCAGCCUGGCCAGCCUUGCGGUUUUCCGCCUGGGAUUCCUGAUCGUAGGAGCCGCAACGGUUUGGCGGGACGAGUUGGCCGACCUGCGGUGCAAUUCCACCCGGCGGAGCUGCGUCCUUGCUUGUUGGGAUGAGACUUUUCCCAUCUCCCCUUUGAACCUCUUCCUGUUGCAGACGGCCAGCCUCCUCAGCCACGGCUUGGCCUGCGUGUUCCUGUUUCCCUCCCAGGACGUCCAGCGCAAGGCCUUUGGUGGGAAGAGCCAGACCUGGUCCAGAGGUCUACAGCUCAGGUUGCAUUUGGUCAACCUUUUGGCCAAGACUCUUCUGGAAGGCCUCUUCGUGAUGACCUUCCACAGCCUCUACAGCCACUAUCCAGAGACGCUCCAUUUCCCCCGCUCUGAGUCUUGUCUUGAAGCCACGUGGUGUACAAUCCAGGCAGCCGGCUGGAAGGAGGCAUUUGGCCUCUUCAUAGCAGCGACAUCCUGGGCUUCUAUCGCAGUGAUUGUCGUUGCUUUGUGUCUUUCAAUCAGGGAAAUGCUCCAAACCACCUUCUGGGCGUGCAAAAUGAAGAUGUCCCCAAUGGGAAGGCCUGUCCUUAGUUCAGUGGGCUCACCACCCUCCAAAUGGAAGAGAUCUUCCAACGGGAUUCCACUUUAAGGGGGGGUGAUGAUUUGGAAGUCUUCGUCUUCACCUCUGUGGCCUUGUCUUGGAGAUAAACUACCGGUAGUCCUUGAUUUACGACUGGGACUAGUUCUUUAGCAAAACCAUUGAGUCAUGCUCCAUUAACAAUUUUUUUUUGCUAUGGUUGCUAAGUGAAUCACAGUCAUUACUGUUUGUAGAAGGAAAAUUAAGUCUUAUUUGACUAUCCACCCACUCCCAAAUGGAGAAAAAAAUUAAUAGUGUAUUAUGGUUCUAGUCCUCUUAGCUACU